AUGGCUGCUGUAACUGUUAGAUGUGAUCCAAGUAUUGUUACUAAACCUUUAGUUCGUUUGUCCCGUCAUUGUCCAGAUGGAACUUGUGAUGGUUGUCUUUAUCAUGCUAUUGUGGAAAGUGCUUUGGGUUGUCCUGUUUGUAAUGAAAAGGACUUUCAAACAAUUCGUGGAGAAUGCAUUAACGAUAUUCAAAAAGUCCACACAAUCCCUUCUAAACAUUGUGUUAUUUCUGGUGCCCAAAGCCAUGAAAGGGAAGAACCUUGCCGAACAAUACUUUCAUCAAAUCUUCGUUUAAUAUUAUCAUUAACAAUUAUUUUAAUUUUAAUUCUUUUAUUAAUUAUUUGUGCAAUUUAUAGAAGAAAUAAAACACUUGAAUAUCGUUAUAUGAGAUUAAUUGAAGGAAAAGAUAUGGAUAAUUCUGCAAGAAGUUGUGCUUUAAAUAAUAGUGAUCAAGAAGAUUCUGAAGAAGAAAAUAAUGAAGGGGAGGAAAUAAUUACAAAAUCUUCAAAAGCUCGAGUAUUUUUUAGUAAUAAAAAAUCAAAAAAGAAUAAAGAAAAAUAUGGGAAAUUAGAUGAAAGAACGGAAUUUAUUGUAGAAGAAGAAUCUGAUUAA